AAACAGCGGGUAUAAAGCCUGCUCUGCUCUGUUCAUUGAGAAAGUAAAUCUAACAACAUAACUGAAGCUGCCAGCAGAACGGGGAGAUAGUGAACAGACACACAAUGCUGCUGACUCCAGCUUUUCAUGCUUCUUUCAGACCUCUGCAUACUUCACAGGAGCCUGAACUCGUACUGUGGCCAUUCGGGCGGAGUGCCUUUGAACAGCUGGAAAGGGACAUGCAUCAAAUGAGGCGAACAAUGAACGUUAUGAAUGAGAUCUGUCAGCAGCUGUCUGAUGAUGUCCUGGGGAAAAGAAAAUCUUCUGCAGACAAAUUACAAGACAGAAGGGAAAAAGAUCAAGACAACAGAACACAAAACAAGGAGACUGGCUUCUCACUGUCUCUAGAUGUUAAGCGGUUUUCCCCAGAAGAACUGACUGUGAAAGUAGCUGGAAGAAAAGUCACUGUAGAAGGAAAACAUGAAAAGAAAAGUGAGGAUCGUGAAACAGUUUUCUCUUAUGAGUGCAAUCAUUUUAAGAAGGAAGUCCUGUUACCAGAGGAUGUGAAUUCUGAAGAAGUAACUUGUUUGCUAUCCCACAACGGUGAGCUUGUCAUUGCAGCCCCACGACUGUCCUCACCAGCUGUGACAGGUAGAGACAUUCCCAUCUCCAUUAGCAAGGACAUCAGCAAUGGAAAGGGAGAUGAAAAUGAGAACGCAGAUAAAACGGACAAUAACAAAAAGCAAGAAACCUCUUCAAACAGAAAUAAGGUGGAAGUUGACCAGACUGCCUAGACAUACAAAGAUGGACAAUUCUUUUAUUUAAUGUUCUAUGUUUAAUCAUGUAACUGUUUAUUCUAUUAUUACACUGCUGUCUCAUGCUUUUAUGGACAUAUUGUUUUGUUCAAAUAUUCCCAUGAUACAGAAAUGUCACCAAGCAAAAAUUCAGCUUAACAAUGUCUACUUUUAGUAUGAUGAACUUACAACUUUUCUAUUUUACUACAAACUGCCUGACAUGAAAUUGCUUUUAUAAGUCUUCAUGUUUCUUAUUUCUCUUAAAUUGUAGCAAUAGCCAUGGAUUUUGUUUUUCAUCCAUCAUAUAUUUUUUAAAUAAAUGAGCUUGUAUGUUAUACUUACACAAGGCUUCAUUUCUCAAAACAAUCAGUUGCAAAUAACUGUUAAUUGUCAUUUAGGUUUCUUACCAAAUAUACAUGAGUGUUAAAAAAUGAAUCGGGAUUGUGAACAGACAUGUAAAGUAAACAAAGCUGUGAUGUGAAAAUGAGGCACACUGUGCAAAAUGUAACCAAGUACCCCACCACCACCAUGCACACAUGCAUUUAAUGAGUCAAACCAUCAAGUGUGUG